UACCCCAAGAAGAAUAUAGCAUGCUUCCGCAACGAUGGCGACAACCGAUACACCUGGGCCGGGGGGUGGCUCACCAGCACUUCUUCUCGGCUCCUUCAAUCAAGAUCACAGCCUACGAAGAAUCCUGACAGCAUCAUGACCGUGGAGAACAGUAUCGUACAGCAUGCUCUUACCGUCUAUCAUGACUUGAGCACGGCGACCAAGGCGACACUCGCCAUUUCCAUCGCCUUCAUCCUGUACAGACUCCUGUUCCGACAAGAGUCCACCAGGCGCAAGGAGUUGCCAGCUUGGGGACCCAUUGAAAUGGGGCUUGUCAUGUACUUGCUGGAUGGAGCACGCAACGGCAUCGUUUAUCGAGUCUACUCUGCAAUCCGACGAUAUGGUGGUUCAUUCUACGGCAUCUCAUCAGCCAAUCAGACUCUCAUUGGGUAUGAAGACGUCGAUCGCCUCUUCUCAUCUCAAAUGAACCACGCCCUCAGCAUCGAGUGGCAUGGAUAUGGCCUCUUUCUCCGUUUCUUCGGGUUUCCCGAUACACCGACCUUGAGGAAGAAGGUCGAAAGCACGUUCAAACCCUGGCACUCCCCGAUUGAAAGAGUCUUCAACAACGAUGCCGGUGCCACUGCAGCCUUUGAGAGGGGUAACCUUCCCAAGAUUGUGUCCGAAUUCGUCAGUUUCAACCAGGAAAAGGAGAAGAUGAAGAGAUGGGAACUCCGUGCCGACACCAAAGUUAUCCAACAAGGUGACGCGGUCGAGGCCAAUCUCUCAGCCCUGAUCAUGGACUUUGGCGCUUGCUUCACCAUCCCUCCCAUCUUCGGACACGACCUGCUGGAUCGUAACCCGCACCUCCUGGAAGACAUCUGGAAGUUCGACCACGUUGUUCCGUUGCUGUUCAUCAACAUGCCAACAUGGGUUCCGUUCAAGGUCAUGAAGGAAGGUAUAGAAGCUCGAAAGCGGCUGCUUGCCGGCGUUGAAGCCUUUUCUCGCCGCGUCACCCAGUUCCAGCGAGGAGAAAAGGUUGACGACGGCGCUGACAUGUCAGAUGUCAGUGACGUUGUCCUAGAGCGCAACACCGCCCUCGAACGGAACGAGUGGUCUUACCAAGAGCGUGCCGCCUCCGAGUUGCUCGUCCUCUUCGCAAGCAACACCAACACCCAACCCGUUCUCUUCUGGCUCAUCUUAUACAUCUACUCCACACCAGGACUGGUAAACACCCUUCGCCAGGAAGUUGCUCCGUUCAUCACGCUCUCCGACUCUCGUCACAACAAAAAAGAAAUCACGGCAAUUGACACUUCCGGCCUGUCCCGCGAGUGCCAACUGCUAAAGUCCAUCAUCCUAGAGACCCUCCGCCUGGCAUUCGGCGCAGUGUCAACUCGCUUCGUCAAACGCCCCAUUACCGUCCAAGACGGCAACCAUGCCCACAAGCUCUAUCCAGGCACCUUCCUCUCCGUCCCCCACUCCUUCUCCCAGCGGGACCCGUCCUUGUACCCUGACCCAGACAAGUUCGUCCCCGAUCGCUUCCUCGAGAUGGAUCCCGCGUCAGGUAAAUUGGUCGCCAAGUACGGAAAGCUGAGGCCGUGGGGCGCCGGGGCGAGUAUGUGCAGAGGAAGGGUGUUUGCGGAGAAGGAGCUCAUGGCUAUUGGCGCGGCGCUGGUGAUGCUGUGGGAUAUUAGUCCUGCUGAGGGGGGUGGAUGGACGGUACCGGAGAUGGUGGGUGGUCCGGGGCCGGUGAAGCCGAAGGAGGAGGUGAGGGUUGUGAUUCAGCGGAGGGUGUUUGGUGGUAUUUCUUCGGAGUAAACGUAUUUAACGAUAGUAUCCUUCCCAUGUUUUGCGAGGUGAAAACUGUGCCCUUGGUGGGAGGCGAGGUACAUGCAAUACAGUGUUUCUUUUUUCUGCUGCUGUCUUUCUACCUCUGGUGGGUGAUCAA